AAGAUAAGAACACUGACUUAUAGAUUUUCUGUGAAAAUCGAAUGCGGGGCGCAUCCCCAGGCGGGUUUGAUUGGAGCCCAAAGACUUUAUUCUUUGUCCUUUAUAUCGUCCGUAUCUGUCCUUAACAUAAAGGUUGCCAAAUUUUUGAUUUCCAGAUUCAAGACAGACAAACGAGAGCGAAUGUUGGGUUGGUGGAGCCAUCGAAUAGAAAGUCGCUUUAAUAUGGACAAUGUUCUUGAUCUCGACGAUGGCGCAGCCGGAUACAGAAUCAGCAAUCCACCAAUUCAUCUUGUUGUACCAGUAAUGGGCAUACUAGAGGUUUUCAAAAAUGUAUCCCUGGAAGACCUACGUAGUAGGUCGUGCUACCUAACCGGUUACCUCGAGUUCUUGAUUAAGUACUUCUUCGCCGAGGAUUCUGAACACAGGUCUUCCAAAAUUUCCUGCGCCAUAAUUACCCCGGAGGAGUUCCAUGAACGUGGAUGCCAGCUCUCUUUGCGUUUCUCGGUUUCAAUUGAUGUUAUCUACCCAGAACUAGUCAAACGUGGAGUGGCGGUCGACAAGCGAUAUCCGGAUGUUAUUCGUGUUACUCCAGUACAUCUCUACAACAAUUAUGUGGACUGCCAUCGUUUUGUUAUGGCUCUGAUAGAAGCAUGCAAAGUAGCUGAAGCUUCUUUAUGA